AAUACCGCGAAAUGUUUUGAUGUGAUGUGAAAGUGCAGUGUUUAUCAGUUAAAAUUUGAGAUUGUCGACAUGCAACUAUGACAAGUUUUUACGACUAUGGUUAAGAAAGAGGGCGUUAUGGACGCAUUUUCGAGUCCAAGGCCAACGCCAAGAUUCUUUCAAGAUGUCCAAACGUUCUCCACUAAAAAGGCAAAGGGGACUCCUAGAGAUUCCUUGCCACCAAGACCUCCAGUGAAGAGUGCACCUCCAGUUAGUAGGAUAUUCCCUCAUAGGCCAGUGGAGAGAGCUCAGAUUGUCUCAUUCAGAAGCCAAGACAGCAAUGGAUCUUUCCUUGGUAAAUCAAGUAACAAUGACAGAAAUCUGUAUUUUGAGCAAGAGUUUGAAAUUAUAUGCAAGAUUGGUAUGGGAUCAUUUGGAGAGGUAUAUAAAGUCAAAAGUAAAGAAGAUGGCAAACUGUAUGCUGUGAAGAGGUCCCAUGAAAGAUUUAGGGGUGAUGCUGACAGAAGGAGGAAGCUAGAAGAAGUAGCCAAGCAUGAGACACUUCCACCUCAUCCUAACUGUGUUACAUUCUACAGGGCAUGGGAGGAACGACAACGAUUAUAUAUACAGGCUGAACUCUGUAAAAUAAGUUUUUCAGAAUAUACAGAUCAGCACCAUGAGAUGUUAGAAGAGGGAAUCUGGAACUUCUUAGUGGAUUUAUUAAUGGCAGUAAAACAUUUACAUGAUCAUAACCUGGUUCACAUGGAUAUAAAACCUGAAAACAUAUUCAUAUCAUAUGAUAAUAUUUGUAAACUUGGAGACUUUGGUCUGGUUCUGGAUGUAUCAAAGGGAUGUGAUUUAUCUGAGGCCCAGGAAGGGGAUCCAAAGUAUAUAGCACCUGAGCUGAUGGAUGGAAAAUUUGGUAAACCUGCUGAUGUAUUCAGUUUAGGAAUGGCUACACUAGAAUUGGCUGGUGACCUGGACCUCCCAAGAGGAGAGGAAGGCUGGCACUUACUCAGGUCUGGUACAAUUCCAGAAGAAUUUCUAAGAGAUAAAUCUUUUGAUCUGAAGUAUGUGAUACGUCAAAUGUUGGAUCCUGAUCCUAGAAGUCGUCCUACAGUAGACCAAGUAUUAGCUUUUCCUUAUGUUAGAAGGAUGUGGAAAAGACGAAGAAGAGAAUAUGUGAUGAAAAGUGUUAUUAACUCCAUUAAAGCCAUGUUCUUUCGUCUCUUACAAUUUGUGUUCAUGAUAACCAGUGUGUUCAGCUUCCCUGUGAAGAAGAUCAGGGAAAGACAAGUGCCUAGUUCAAGCAGUCAUAAUACCAGUUAUAGCUCAGGGUAUCCUCUCGAUCAUAGUAUUUCUGAUGAUGAAUGUUUUGAGGAUGACAUUAGUAUUCAUAACAACUCAGUUGGUGCUCCAUUAGAUAGUUCUUCAUCAAGUGAUGGAUUCUCAUCAGAAUUUAUAGUGCCAAGUCGACCAAUGCCAAGACAUGCAUUCACCACUCCAGCCAUACGCCAUAGGUCUAUAGGUUUUAUGUCUGCACCAAUGAGUUCAUCACCAGUUUUACCAGGCAGAAUUAGGAAAUUAUCCAGUCCAAACACCAGUUUUGAGUCUAGUUUUGAUGAAGAAAGAUGUACAACACCAACAUUAAACAGUAGUAAAGAUGGCUUACUAGAUACAGAAGAACUAGCCAAACCUUGUAUUGGUCCAAGGAAUCUAAUGAAUAUGUUUGAAGCUGCCAGUGAUGAAGACUGAUGGUAAUAAUGAUGUUUUGUUGAUUUAUGAUGAAUUCUGUAAUCACAUCACCAUAUUUGACAAAGACAAAAGAAUUUAUUGUUGAAGUGUUAAUCACAUCACCAUAUUUGACAAAGACAAAAGAAUUUAUUGUUGAAAUGUGGAAUUUCUGCUGAAAUGGAAAGAUGACUUAAGUGAUUGUUAUUCAGGAAGACAUCAGAUGCAGCAACUAUUUUGUAAACCACUUAUAUUGUAUAUUUCUUGCAAAUUUUGUAUUUUUUAAUAAAUGUUCUGUUAUUUUUCAUGUACUGAUCAUAUGUAAUGAUAGAAAUUUUUUGUAUUAGAGUUUAAUGUAAUGAAUAUCAUUCUUGAACUGCUUGACAUAGUAUACAUUUUACUUGAACACAUGAAGUGCUGUAAUUAGCAAUGGGUGAGAUUUUUGAGAAUAUGUAGUUGAUAAGGGCUACUCCAUAUAAAAAGUAUAAUCAACCCAAUGGUGGAGGCUCUUUAUUUAUGAUACAAAUAUGGAUCCUUCUAUCAAUAAAACUGCUGAAUCUGAUUUACCAAUUUUAAAGACUUUGUUUUGCCCUAGACAAGGGAUCAAAUACAUACAACUUACACACUCUUUAAGGGCAGCACAUUGUUAUAUAUCUACUGUUUUUAGGCUAAGAGGUUGAUCACAUAUAAUUAUUAAUUUUGUUGUGAUUUAUAUACAAUUCAGAAUUACCAUCAUCAUGAAAAGUCAGGUGAAUAACAUAUGUAGUACAAGGUGUAAAAACACAUGAAGAUCUGUGUGACCAAAAAAGGUCUUAAAAUAAACAACUACCUGACAGCAACCCCCCAAAAAAAUUUAGUCAUCUGACUUAUUUACGACCUUUAUUAGUGUACUAAGUUCAAACCUCAUUAUGCCAUACUUUAACAAAAUUUAUCUGAUAAAUUGCGACCAAGUACAUAAAACUCCACUAGGCAGAUGAUAACCAAAGGUCUCGCCUGUCUUAAAAUAAGACAUGUUAUGGUAAUUGUAUGAGUAUAUUUUUGUCCUCCCUAAGUUAUGAAGUGUAUUGUAUUAAUCACUGCCUUUCCUCUCUCUUCCCUUUAACUGCUGAUUAUAUAAACUUGUUUAAGUGCUCACCAUUUGUAUAUAUAUUGUAUUGUUUUUUAUGAACAGUUUAAAAUGUCUUUAUUAUUUUCUUGGUGUAUUUUGUUAUGACAUGUGUUCUUAUAUGCUGCUGUUAAAGAAUACAUCUUUAUGAACUAUGUUUCCCUCUACAUGAACUAUGAACUACAAUGUAUGUUUCCACUCAGAUACUUCUAACAACCAGGUAUGGCUUAGCGAUAAUCAGAUUAAUAGAAAUUACAAAUGUGUAAUAAUUCUUUGUGCAUAUUUACUUAUAAAUUGUUUAUUGUUAUGAAAUGUAUAAAAAUGUUUAGAAAUUAUGCAUGAGGUUAGUGUGACUCCAGUAUGAUAAAACCUUAAAAUAGUAACGUUAUUUUAACAAUAUACAGUGCUUUUUCUAUAACAAUUAUGUACUUCAGUUAAUCUUGUUUUUGCUUCUUUUUUUUUUUGUAAUAGUGCUUUCAGUUCAUUCAGGAUUCACAGAUUUUGUUAAUUGCUUUUUGAUCCAAAAUGACUUAUUGUACAGAAUUAAUAUUUGCUCAUUUGUGAUUUAUUAUAGAACCCUUUUAAACUUAGAGAAUCAAAGAAUUUCUAUUGACUCAAUUAGUUUUAUGGUUCUGUGAAGGAAAAAAGAAGAUAACUGGUAUUCCUAAUUUGAACCUAUGAUAUUUGUAUUUUAAAGAGGAGAUAAGCAAACCAUACUUUACAAGUUGUGUUUAUCUAAGUAAACAUACUAAUGAGACCAUGUUUACAAGUUAUAUGAUUCAUGAUAGGACCCUCUUAAGCUGUGAGAAUCAAAGAAGUCCUAUUGACCUGAGUAAUUUUAUGGUUUUGUCAAAUCAAUGUAGGUUUCUCACAAAGUAUUAAGUUGUUUUUCUAUAGGAAUUGUAAGUUGCAAAACUUCAUGCACAGAAAAUUGUUGAUUUAAAAAAUCUGCAAACACUUCAGGCUUAAAAAUUUAAUUGCAUAUAAUAGAUGUAGGAAAUUAUGUUACUUUCAGUAAUGAUGUACAUUAACUUUCCAUACUAAUAGAUUAUACUAUACUUCAGAACUUUCCAUACUGGUAGAUUAUACUAUACUUCAGAACUUUCCAUACUGGUAGAUUAUACUAUACUUCAGAACUUUCCAUACUGGUAGAUUAUACUAUACUUCAGAACUUUCCAUACUGGUAGAUUAUACUAUACUUCAGAACUUUCCAUACUGGUAGAUUAUACUAUACUUCAGAACUUUCCAUACUGGUAGAUUAUACUAUACUUCAGAACUUUCCAUACUGGUAGAUUAUACUAUACUUCAGAACUUUCCAUACUUGUAGAUUAUACUAUACUUCAGAACUUUCCAUACUGGUAGAUUAUACUAUACUUCAGAACUUUCCAUACUGGUAGAUUAUACUAUACUUCAGAACUUUCCAUACUGGUAGAUUAUACUAUACUUCAGAACUUUCCAUACUGGUAGAUUAUACUAUACUUCAGAACUUUCCAUACUGGUAGAUUAUACUAUACUUCAGAACUUUCCAUACUGGUAGAUUAUACUAUACUUCAGAACUUUCCAUACUGGUAGAUUAUACUAUACUUCAGAACUUUCCAUACUGGUAGAUUAUACUAUACUUCAGAACUUUCCAUACUGGUAGAUUAUACUAUACUUCAGAAAGUGAGAUUUUAGUUAUGUUGCAGCAUAGAUAUUGACAAUUUGUAAAGCUAAAUAGUUUGUUGUCAAAAUGUAAGAAUUUGUUUUGAUACACCUUCAGUGGUAAAUGCUGAGUUAAAAAAUACCAUCGAAGGUUCCUUAAUCUGAUUACAGAAAACUUAUAAUGCAAUAGGGCAAGCCAUUGAUAUAUUGUUUCAUGUAAACACUAAAACCACUUUGUGUUCUUACUUAUAGAGCAGAACAGGAUGUUGAAAUAAAAAAAAUAAAACCAUA